AUUUGUGGAAAUUAAUCACUGAAGAUAAAAAGUAUAAUGGCUGGAUUGUCACCAGAAAUCCUGGCAUUGGGAAAUCAAUGUUUGGUUUUUUUCUUUUGAUAUAUUUGGCUAAACAGGGGAAAACUGUGAUAUAUGAACAUUUCUUAACAAAGUAUCAAUAUAAAUUUCAACCUGAUGCUCCAAAAACUCUGGAUAUAAUGGCAAAAAAGGUUUUUAUUAGCUCUCAAGAUGAUGAUACCAUGAAACAAUUUCGAAAACAGUCUACAACUGCAAGUGAAUUUAUAAUUCCCUCAUGGACAAAGGAAGAGAUAAUGGAUAGCCAUAGAAAUAUUUAUACAAGUGACUAUGGAGUAUGGGAAAGUGUGUGUGGAAAUUUAUUUGAAAGUUAUGCUCAUAGAGUUAUAUCAAGAGGGGGGACUUUUAAUGUAUAUGAGCUUAGUCAAUCUGCCACAAGAUCUGAAGAAAUUAAGGUAGAAUUUCCUAAUUACAAAUUAAAAGAAUACAAAGAU